CAAGGCAAAAAAAAAAGAGAAAUGUUAAAAACAUUUAAAAACGGUGCUGCCCCUUUAAGAGAAGUGCGGGUAAAAAGAGCAGGGUCUCCGUUCCCUCCUUUAGUCUGCGCUGAUGGCUGAAGUGAGAGGUAUGUAGAGCAACUUGUGAAAAGCAAAACCCACAUGAGGUUUAAAAUAACGAGUGAAAGUGUUCUGUUUUAGUGUAAAUUGAUUAUAGUAGUGCUGGAAAAUAUUAAAAAUAUGUUCUCUGUUGAGCUUGUAGUUGUAAAAGGGGGAUUUCUGUUGAGUGUGGGGGAUGGGUGAAGCUAGUGUAUUUGUAGGUCACAGCUAGCUAACUAAAGCACUGAUUAUAUGGUCUAGCUACUGAAAUAUUGAGAUUUUUGUUCUCUUUAUAUUAUUUUAGGAGUUUUGAUGCUGUGUCCUCUCACUAACAACAAAUACUGAUCUCAUUUGCAACUCAGAAUGUUUUCACGGCCAACACCCUACAACAGGGAGGCUCCCAUAAGACUGAAAUGCAUCGCAAAACAAGUGGUGACAAGGGCAGAGAGCUGGGAGAUGGUGGAAGGCUUGGUAGUAGCAAAGACAAAUAAAGUCACAGCUACUUGUGCACUGUCAGAUGGCAAGCGCCUUGUGCUUGCUCAUCUGAAAGAUGCAGACUGUGUACGCGUAGAUGAAGGCAUGUCGUACUUCAUCAAAAAUUCUAAUUUGAUUUCUCGGUAUGGAGAGGACAAGUUAUUCUUCACACCUUCUACGGUAGUGUACAAAGCAGCCAAUGUAUCUGUUGCACUCGAAUUAGAGGCUCGCUGCUACCAAGCCAUCCACCCCAAUUCUAAAGACCCUGAAGAGCCAUUGAACGGAGAGGAUUAUUAUACUCUCCAGGGGGAAGUCGUUAAAGCCACAAAGAAUGGGCCUGUGCCCAUCAGAGACGUUUCCCUUAAAAGUAAAACAAGGGACCUGGAAGUCUCCUUGUGGAGAGAUGCAGCAACAGAGGAGCUCACGCUAGGCCAACCUGUCAACCUCUCCCACCUGAAAUGGAGAAUACGGGAUGGGAAGUUUAAUUCCACCGCCUACACUGUAGUCCAGAAAACAGAGGUCUCCAUCAAGAAAUGCACUGUGGAGAUUGUGGGGGUCUCUUCAGACGCAAAAUCAGGUGUCACCAUCCUCCUUACCACCGAGAUGGACGAAUAUGUACUUCCGCCCACUGUGUGGAGCGGCUAAGCAGACACUAUUGUGGCUGCUUUGCCACUCAAAGUAAACAUUGUGAAAGAAGGGAAUGUAAUUACGGAAAUUGAAAGCCCAAAAUUGAAUGAGGCUUAAGUGUUCGUUUUUAUAUGUUCAUAAUUAGCUUGUUGGGGUUUGC